CGGACUGACGGUUAGAGGAAGCUUGUCCGCCCGGUAGUGAGCGGAGGAGGGGGACUAGGCAGCCACCGAGCCGCUGAAAUAUCUCCACCAACAGCCACCAGAAGCGCACAUCUCUCAUACGCUUCGCUUGGAGUCACAUAAAGAUUGAACCAUGUAACUUGUCGGAGGCUUUUCCCCUCUGAUGCUCAAGGAACACUCCAUACUCCUCUAGAAUGUAUUUGAUGAAUGUACCUCCUGUCGCAGCGACGGAAACAGAAUGGCGAAGAUGUUGCCCACCUGGGGGCUAUAGCCUUCCGGUUUGCUUCAAUGACUCUGAUGCAGAAUUGUCCACUAGAGGCACAGCAAUCUCAGAUAAGGUCCAGAUGAUCAUAGAGAGCCUCAGGAGCAGCCAGUCCUCACUCGAAAUGGGCGAUGAGAUUGAGGCAAAUAUGCCAUCAGGACAGGAACGCCAUACCCAAGUGUGCAAGGCUGGAGUGGGUAACUAUGUGGGAGUCAAGUCAAAGAGGAAAAAACCCACUGAAAACCCACACGCCCGUUUUUCUCUUAAAAACAACCAUGACAGUAGUGACUCCGACAGUGACGAUUCGGUUGAUAGAGGAAUUGAGGAAGCAAUACUGGAAUACCUGAAAGAAAAAGAUGGUCACAAACGCAAGGCUGAACCAUCUUCCUCUUUUCUGAAGUCCUCCAAAAUGCCAAGGAAAAACCCACCAACCUUGGAGUGUGCCAGACAGCGAUCUGAAGACGACUCUUCCUUGAGAUCCAAUAGCCAGCCUCCAAUAAGUGUCAAAACAGAAAGCCCGAUCACAACAGCUACUGUACCACUAAAAAAGUAUAUUAAAAACAAAGCCUCCCAGGACGAAAACUUUGAUUUGAGUAAAUUUUCAACUGAUAAUUCACUGGGUUCCAAAGAGCAACAGAAGAGCCCCUCUGAAACUAUUCGGAUCUGUAACAAAACUACCCAACACCCAGUAAUACCAAAGAUAGAGGAGCACUUGAGUGAUUCCAGUAGUGAUGAUGGCAUCGAAGAGGCUAUUCAAAGAUACCAGUUAGAGCAAAAGGGGUUGCAGAAUAAGAGGGAAUAUCUGAAUCCGCAAACAUUCCAAGAAGAUUCUGACUCUACAAGUGACGAUGGCAUUGAAGAAGCUAUUCGUAGCUACCAGCUUGAGCAACAGAAGGAGAAUAGUUUCCAGAAGCAACUCCUCUACAAGCCUAAAGCCCCCAUCAAGUUAUCAGUACCUCCUGCUGAAAGUAAAAACUCUGAAAUGAGAACAAACAAACUAAAAAGAAAAAAAGGGAAACUGACUCAAACUCCAUCUGUAUCAAAACCUAAGACUUCACUAUCAAACAGCGCCAAGGGAAAGGGAAACGGACUACUCUCACUGAAAGAGACUUUCAAAGAGCAGUCGUCUCCAACUCCUUCCAAAGUUAAAACCUCUGCAGAACUGAUGUGUGCGGAAGCAAUACUGGAUAUCUCCAAAACUGUAAUGCCUGGAGCCUUCCAUCAGGGCAUUGGUCUCAAUACGUUUGCUCUGGCUGGACCUUCCUCUCUUCCUGAUAGAAACCUCCAUGAAGAAAGCAAUGAUAGUUCUGUCGAUAGUGAAGAUGGGAUUGAACAAGAAAUCCGAAAAUUUCUUGAGCAGAAGGCCCUAAUGCAUAAACAACCAGCCACUGCUCAGCAGCCAUGUGAUGUACUUCACCCAGAGAAGGGGAAAGGUGGAGACGCUGCUGUUCAACAGAAGCCACAAAAAUUGUCUUUAACACAGAGAAGAAAGCAAAUGGAGAAAAGUGUAACUCUGACGAACAUAUCAGAAACUGCUGACAAAAUUAAAGAAACUGCUGAGCAUACAAAAGAAUCAAAAGCCUCAACCCUUCCAAUGGGAAGCCAAUCCCAACCAAGCACAGCAUUACAAAGGACAGACCAAAGCGGAGACAAAAGCAGUUCAUUUGACAGUGACGAAGACCUCGACACUGCGAUCAAAGACCUGCUAAAGACAAAAAAGAAAUCGAAAAAAAAGAUCAAAGACCUGAAAAAGAAGCCCAAGAAAAGCAUUAAAGAUGCAGAGCCAUUGUCGGGGAAUGCUUUCCCCAACAAAAAGCUCCAACACAAGCCUGGGUCCAAGUGUAGUGCUUUGAAAAAAGUGCAAAGGAGUGAUGCUGACGUAAAAGAUAAGCUUGGAUUCAGUAAAAAUAUCUUGCAUCAAAAGCAAAUGGAUAAAAGUGAGACAGCAGACUCUCUCAGAGGGGAAGAACUAGACACCAAGCCACUGCAGAUUGUUGACCCCCAUCUUGAAAUUGACGAUGACAGCAGCUCAGUAGACAGUAAUGACAGCAUUGAGCUAGAGAUAAGAAGGUUUCUGGCUGAGAAGGCCAAAGUUUCCUCUGGAGACAAAAGCGAUGAUGUAGCUAUGUCUAAGAAUGGUUCCUAUGUGGUUCAAGACACAGAUGUUCAGCUUCCUGUCGUUGACGUUAAACAGGAAACUCAGCUGGCUGAGAUUCCUCUAAAACCUAAUAGUCCGCUGUCUGUACCUCAAGUAAGGACCCCACAGAGGAUUGAUCCUGAGAUAACAUCGAACAGCCCAGAGUCAUGCGCAACAUCUAUUCAGUCCUGCAGUCCCAGUCUUUUGGAGCCAGCCGAUGGUGCAGGAGCAACUAGGAACCAGCAAAUGAGGACCAAUGCUGCCAGUGAUGCUCCAGUAAACGGGACUCAACAUGUGGAAAGAGUUCACCCAGCUUUGAGUCAAGACCGGGCUCGUUCCCUUGCAGAGUCAAUUAAAUGGCGCCAGAGCCUGGGGCUUCCCGUUCCUGACCCAAAGACCCUAAGCUGGACUUCCUUUCAUAUCACCUCUUUGGAAAGACUCUCUUCCUCAGAAAAUCGGGACUUAAAAUCACAGACUCCCACCUCUGCUUGGUGCACUCCAAGGACCAGCAGAGCUCCUUUUUCCAACUCGACAGAUGUAGGUGGGAAUACCCCAGUCAGACCCCCCGUUCUAAAGUUUUCCCCUGCUGCCAGGCAGCACUCAAAGAUGACCUUUACACAGAGCCUUACGCCUGGAAACAGGUCCCAGUUCUCCUUGGAAGAAGGCCGGGCGAGUACUGUUCACGUUCCUAAGGACAAGAGUGUGUUUGUAGAGCUGGAGACUAACAGGACCAACCAUGUCCAGGUUCAAAGCAGGGAAAGGAGUGAGGGAAAGAAGGCAGACUCUCUUAAUGAGAGAAAAAGAGAAGGCAAGAGCAAGAAGAUGUAUGAUGAAGGAGCUCAUCAAGACAGAGAGGAUGAAGAGUUUAUAGAUGAGUCAGAUUGUGAAUCAGGCAGCAAGAGAGAUCCAGAUAAGAAGCAGGGCUUUCCAGCAUUGUCUUUGUCCACUGCCAUAGAUCCAGGAAUCACUUUCAGCCCAUGCAUAGCUCUUUCCACAGAGAAGAGGUGCAUGAUUUUCAGCAGGAAAUACUUAGUUAGAAAACGCAUAAAGGAGAAUCCAUCCAAUCUGAGUGCUUUUAGGCAAACAGGGACCCUGCAGCAUGUCAGAAGAAAGCUUCAGUUUGUUCCGACUGAUGUGAGAAGGAAGGCAGUUGACAGAAUUUAACAGCAUGUUUUGUUUUCCUUCUUUUUGUUUUAUUCCAAGUUAACAGUUCUUGUUAGUUCAAAAUAAUAGAAAUUAGAAAAUAGUUUUCUAAUUUCAUGUUUUUGUUUUUAUGGCUAACAAAUGAGGUUUAAAAGCAAUUUUGGAGUAUUAAGUAAGGAAGUUCAAUUUUCUGCAGUAAAAAAAAAACAUUUAAAUUGAUAAUUUAGAAGUUCAAGUUUACUUGUUUGUGGCAUAUUGUGUUGUUUUUUUGCCUGUUACCAGUGUUCUAUUUGUAAAUUUUUCUGUGUAAUGCUUGAUUUCUAUUUCAUAUUUUAAACCAUAAGAAAGCGUUCUAGCCAU